AAGAAAGUUAGCUUCUCUUUGAACACUUAUUAUGUGACAGUUUUUGAUUUUUGAGAGUUAAUUUGAUUAAUCUUUGAAGUUAAAUAGAAUUAAAAUUUUAGAUAUUCAAAACGUGUGAUCACAACUCACUAAGGUAAAAAUUAAAAAAAGUAAAGCAAAGUUACCAAUGGCAGCAUCAACAGCUACAACAUCAACAACUUCAAACCUUAGCUUCUCCAGCACUCAUUCCAUCUUUUUCCAACACAAAAAGACUUCAUUUUUGUGCACAAAAAACAGCAUAAUAAAGACAAAAUGUAAACACAGGGGAGAUCAAGUGAAGUGCAUGGUUUUAGAGAAGAGUAGUGCAGCAGAGGCUACAAAGACUAAGAAAAAGAGUGUGUAUAUGCUGCAGACCUUAACUAGCUGGCUGUUGAAACAAGAACAAGAUGGGGUUAUUGAUGCUGAACUUACUAUUGUUCUUUCGAGUAUUUCGAUGGCUUGUAAGCAAAUUGCUUCAUUGGUUCAAAGAGCUGGUAUUUCCAAACUUACUGGAGUUUAUGGUGCUGUUAAUUUUCAAGGAGAGGACCAGAAGAAGCUUGAUGUUGCCUCUAACGAGGUGUUCUCUAAUUGUCUGAGGGCAAGUGGUCGGACAGGGAUUAUAGCAUCGGAGGAAGAGGAUGUACCAGUGUCAGUAGAGGAGAGUUACUAUGGGAACUAUGUCGUGGUGUUUGACCCUCUUGAUGGAUCAUCAAAUGUUGAUGCUGCUAUAUCUACAGGUUCGAUCUUUGGUAUAUACAGUCCAAAUGACGAUUGCCUCCUUGAUCUUGAGGAUACUACCACGCUUGACAAUGUGGAGCAGAGGUGCAUAGUGAAUGUGUGCCAACCAGGGAACAACCUUCUAGCAGGAGGUUACUGCAUGUACUCGAGCUCAGUGAUCUUCGUGCUCACGUUGGGAAAUGGUGUAUUUUCCUUCACCUUGGAUCCAAUGUUUGGAGAAUUCAUUCUGACUCAAGAAAGCAUCCAAAUACCAAAGGCUGGAAAGAUCUACGCGUUCAAUGAAGGAAACUACCAGUUAUGGGAUGACAGGUUGAAGAAGUACAUCGAUCACUUGAAGGAGCCCAGUCCUAGUGGUAAGCCUUACUCUGCCAGGUACAUUGGCAGUUUGGUUGGUGAUUUUCAUAGGACUCUUUUAUAUGGUGGUAUUUAUGGCUACCCACGAGACAAGAAGAGCAAGAACGGAAAGUUGAGGCUUUUGUACGAGUGUGCCCCGAUGAGCUUUAUUGUGGAACAAGCCGGUGGGAAAGGAUCGGAUGGCCAACAAAGAAUUCUUGAUAUUCAACCAGUUGAGAUACAUCAACGCGUUCCAUUGUACAUUGGAAGCAUAGAAGAAGUUGAAAAAUUGGAGAAGUACUUAUCUUAAUACACGUACGAAAUGAAGGAGCUUUUCAAGAUUGUCUUGGUGACUUUUUCAACUACUUUAAUUUUGUAAGCCAACAAAACACAUUAAGAGCUGUAAAUUUGUAUAUUUCUUGAAAGAAAUUUUUUUCACAAGUCUAGGCACAAAGUCUUGAAUGAUUAUAGGUUCUUGAAAAGCUUUGAAGUGAUUCAAUCCACUAUGCCAUUGGAAUGGGGCUGAUAUGCCAUAUAUUUUUUAAAAUUUUAUGAACCUCGAGAAGCUUUAGUGUGUCUCGAGCAGAGCCCGAGGCUCAAUGAACUGAAUUAGAAUAGUGUUGGUGAGGAGUUUAGUUGAGGUAGAAGCACAAAUAGAAUAGGUCGAGGUCCUUUUUGUAUUCUUUUUUUAAAAGUUUUACUAGCUUAAUGUUCAAGAAGCCCCAAAAGGUUUUACGAGAAGUAGGCU